UCGAAUCCAGUUGUUUGUUGAUUUUCGAUUUCUUUUGAUUGAGUUAAUUUGAGUUGUUUUCCCUGUGAGAAAUAAAGAAAAACAAAACAUUAAAAAAAUGAAAUUAAUUAUUCAGGAUAAUUAUGAUUUGGUUUCAGAAUGGGCAGCCAAAUAUAUUCGUAAACGUAUUCGACUAUUUCAACCGGGUCCAAAUCGUUUGUUUACACUUGGCCUGCCUACCGGUUCAACACCAUUAGGAACAUAUCGUAAAUUGAUUGAAUUUUACAAACAAGGAACAAUAUCAUUUAAAUAUGUUGUUACAUUUAAUAUGGAUGAAUAUGUUCAUUUACCACGUGAUCAUCCUGAAUCAUAUCAUUCAUUUAUGUAUGAAAAUUUUUUCAAACAUAUCGAUAUACAACCGGAAAAUGCACAUAUUUUAGAUGGAAAUGCUAAAGAUUUAGAUGAAGAAUGUGAAAAAUUUGAAGAAAAAAUAAAAAAACAUGGUGGUAUUGAAUUAUUUAUCGGUGGUAUUGGACCGGAUGGUCAUAUUGCAUUUAAUGAACCUGGUUCAAGUUUAGCAUCACGUACACGUGUAAAAACAUUAGCAUUGGAUACAAUUGUUGCUAAUGCACGUUUUUUUCAAAAUGAUUUAUCCAAAGUACCUGGACAAGCAUUAACAGUUGGUGUUGGUACUGUAAUGGAUUCACGUGAAGUAAUUAUAUUGAUUACAGGUGUACAUAAAGCAUUAGCAUUAUCAAAAGCAAUCGAAGAAGGUGUUAAUCAUAUGUGGACAGUAUCAGCAUUUCAAUUACAUCCAAAAACAUUGUUUAUUUGUGAUGAAGAUGCAACACAAGAAUUACGUAUUAAAACUGUUAAAUAUUUUAAAGGAUUAAUGCGUGUACACAAUAAAUUGAUUGAAGAUGAUGAUAUUAUCGAUGAUGAUAAUCAAAAAGGACCACGAAAAUCAUCAACAUCAAUACAAACACCAGUGGAAAAAUAAGAAUUUAUACAAAAUUGCAAAAACAAAAGGAAAACAACAAAAAAUCCAUCCAUUUCAUUCGAAUUCCAAAAAUAACUAUCGAUAGUGUAAUCGAUACAUCGAGUGUUCAUCACAUCUAUCGAUAGUUGUAUGUUUAUUCCGGUAGAAUUUCUGUAUCCGACGAAAGAAUUCUAA